GGAAAUCUUUACUCUCCUUUCGUCCCUUACGAUAUAAGAUAAUAAAGCGUGAUUUUGAUUUUUUUAAAAUUAUUCAUGUUUUUUAAUUAAUCAAAAAUCAUAAAACGACAUGUCAGCUAAAGAAGCUGGACAGCGAUUGUACUAUUAUGCAAGACCAACUCGGUGGUCUAAAGGAAUUGGUGCAGAGUUACCAGUAGAAUACAAAAAAUUCUGGAAAGAAUGGAAGAAGAAGCCUGCUGCAGUUCAUUAUAUUGAACAGAAAAGCACUUAUGUGAAAAAUAAUCGUGGGGAAGUAUAUCCAGUACAAAAUGUACCGUUACCUCUAUUGUAUCCAAAGGAAAUUGAUAAUGGUAUAUGGGGAGGAGAAGCCAUUGUGCAAGGUUUUAAGAAGAAGGGUAAAUAUAAGAGAAGGGUUCCACAUUUUUGGAUACCACAUCUGAAGAAAUCUGUUCUCUAUAGCGAAGUCCUUGACACAUAUAUGAGUGUUGUUGUUACUAAUAGAACAAUCAGAUUAAUUCAUGAAAAUUACGGAUUUGAUCAUUAUUUAUUAAAGACAGAAGCCUGCGAUUUGAAAUCUUUACUUGCUCUGAGAUUGAAACGUCAGAUACUUAUUGCAUUGGCAGAUAAAACUUUAUAUCCUGACAAUCCAGAAAAGCGUGAGGAAGUAUAUGCUAAGUAUGAGAAAUAUCUGUCACUUUACACAAGAGACGAAAUAGAAUGGUAUGGUCUUACAUAUUUAGAAGCUUUAAAAAAAUGGUUGAAAUUAAACGAAACAACACCGCAACCUUUGAAAAUUCAAUAUAGAUCAGAGUUAAUUGCCAAACUCAAAGAAAAUAAAAUUAAAGAAGCUGAAAACGUGGAUGUUGUACUACCAGAACAAACAAGUUCCUGGUUAAAUAAAUUAAAUCCAUUUUCCAAAAGUCCAAAGACCAAAUAGAUAAAAAGUUUGUUAUAAUAUGUACAAAGAAAGUUUCAAUAUAAUUUCUUAAAUAUCCUAAACUUUCUUUGAGCUGCAUGUUCCUAACAAAUAUAUUAAUGCAAUAAAGAGAAUAAAAUAGAUUUAAUG